UUCACCAUAUAUAUACUCCUAUAUGAGUAUCACGCUUGUUCAUGCAUAUAUAUACGAUAUAGCUAGCGCUUGGCUGCCUAGCCUAAGCCUAGUAGUGAACUCAAGAUGGAGGGCGGCAAGCCAUCCACUCAGCGCCACUCGUCCGGCGCCGUUCGGCCGAUUGUGCUACUAGUGGUCGCGGUGAGCCUGGUUGCCGUGCUCUUCAUGGCCACGCGGGUCUCGCCCGGAUGCCGUCCACUCUUAAAAGCUGUGUACCAACAAGGCCUAGGCCGUGCCGGCCCCUCCGUGACGGCCGAUCCGCUCCUCGGCGGCCUCCUCUCGCCGGGCUUCGACGACCGCUCCUGCCUCAGCCGCUACCGCGCCUCGCUCUACCGCCAGCCGUCGCUCCACAACCUGUCAUCGCACCUCGUCUCGCGCCUCCGACGCUACGAGUCCCUCCACCAGCUCUGCGGGCCUGGCACACCGGCGUACUCGCACGCCGUCGCCCGCCUGCGCGAGGCCAUGGAUGGGCAUGCGUCAGCGCCAGCACCAGCGUCAUCGAACAGUACCAGCAGCUCCGACCCCGAGUGCAGCUACAUCAUCUGGACCCCCGUAGAGGGACUCGGCAACCGCAUCCUCUCCACCGCCUCGGCUUUCCUCUACGCGCUGCUCACUGACCGUGUCCUCCUUGUCCACCACCCCGCCGACGACCUCAACGACAUGUUCUGCGAGCCGUUCCCGGGCUCCAACACCACCUGGGUGCUCCCGGAGGAAGGGUUUCCCAUCCAGGGCAUCAAGGGGCUCAACGUCCGCACCCGGGAGAGCCUCGGCAACGCGCUGGGCCGUGGCGAGGGCGAGGGGUCGGCGCCGUGGCUGUACGUGCACCUACAGACCGACUACAAGCCGGACGAUCGGCGCUUCUUCUGCGACGACGGACAGGACACGGUGCGUGGCGUGCGAUGGCUCGUGCUCCGCUCCGACAACUACUUCGUGCCGGGCCUCUUCUUCCUCCGGCGGUACGAGGAAGAGCUGGUCCGGCUGUUCCCGCGCCGCGACACCGUGUUCCACCACCUCGGGCGGUACCUGUUCCACCCGAGCAACACGGUGUGGGGCAUGGCGACGCGGUACUACAGCUCGUACCUCGCCCCGGCGGAGGAGCGGGUGGGCGUCCAGGUGCGCGAGUUCAAGUAUGCGCGCAUCUCCGCCGACGAACGCUACAAGCAGAUCAUCUCGUGCGCGAGCCGCGAGAGCCUCCUGCCCGCCGUCGACAACGCUACUCUCCCGAGCUCCUCUGACCACCACCACCACCAGGAGCAGGAGCAGGAGCAGGAGCAGGAGACGAAACGCAAGGCCGUGCUGGUCGUGUCGCUAAACGGGGACUACUACGACAAGCUCAGCAGCCUGUACUACGAGCACGGCGGCGCGGCGGGAGUGACUGUGAGCGUGUUCCAGCCGACGCACCUGGGAAUGCAGCAGUCGGAGAAGCGGCAGCACAACCAGAAGGCGUUGGCUGAGAUAGUGUUGCUCAGCUUUUCGGACGUGGUCGUCACGUCCGCCCAAUCCACCUUCGGCUACGUCAGCCAGGGGCUGGCCGGGCUGAGGCCCUGGGUGCUCAUGCUCCCCGUCGACGGGAAGGUCCCCGAUCCGCCGUGUCGUCUCGCCUCCACCAUCGAGCCCUGCUUCAUGAGGCCGCCGCACUAUGACUGCCGGACGAGGGGAGACAGCGACAACGGCAAGGUGGUCCCCUACAUCCGGCAGUGCGAGGAUGUAUCGUAUGGCGUUCAGUUGGUGGAGUAACUCGAUCAGCUGGCCUUCCCUCAAUCAAUCAAUUUGGCAGCCUCAUCGUAGGUAGGUUCAUCAUGCAUGGCCUCUUGGGGGCAAUCAUCCUAGUAUCUGAUUUGCCUAGUUGGUCCACCGAUGCAUGGGAGUAGUUUGGGUAUUUGUCGGGUAAAAAUAAUGAAGCGACUAGUUCCCGAUUGAUCGAGAAUUAGUUACUUCUCAAUUACUUGCAACUCUCAUCGAGUAAGAAUCACGACGCAAAUCUAUUUCCAGGGCUUUCGGAGCUCCGA